GCCCUGCCUAUAUAACAGACACAGCCGCACGCUCACUGCGCGCACAGCAUGGCUACCAAAGUGGAGAUGAGAGUCAAUGGCCACCAAGACCACAUGGCAGCAGCCAGGGAACACGUCCUGGCCGUCACCCGAAAUUACAUCUCCCACCCCAGACUCUGCUACCGGACGGUGUGCGCUGUUAACGGGCCGUUGGUGGUGCUGGACAACGUAAAGUAUGCCCAGUAUGCAGAGAUUGUGAACUUCAUCCUCCCAGAUGGAACCGCUCGUAGUGGUCAAGUUUUGGAGGUUGCAGGAACUAAAGCCAUUGUCCAGGUGUUUGAAGGCACAUCUGGGAUAGAUGCCAAGAAAACAACUUGCGAAUUCACAGGGGACAUCCUAAGGACACCUGUUUCCGAAGACAUGCUGGGUCGUGUUUUCAAUGGCUCGGGGAAGCCCAUUGACAAUGGUCCUACUGUAAUGGCAGAAGACUUCUUAGACAUUAACGGUCAGCCCAUUAACCCUUUUGGAAGAACAUACCCCGAGGAGAUGAUACAGACUGGAAUCUCCCCAAUCGAUGUCAUGAACAGCAUUGCUCGAGGACAGAAAAUCCCCAUCUUCUCUGCAGCUGGUCUACCGCACAAUGAGAUUGCGGCACAGAUCUGCAGACAGGCCGGGCUGGUGAAGAAAUCAAAGGACGUCAUGGACUACCACGAUGACAAUUUUGCCAUUGUGUUUGCCGCGAUGGGUGUGAACAUGGAGACGGCCCGCUUCUUCAAGUCCGACUUUGAGGAAAACGGAUCCAUGGACAAUGUCUGCCUGUUCUUGAAUUUAGCCAACGAUCCCACCAUUGAGAGGAUCAUCACCCCUCGCCUGGCCCUCACCGAAGCAGAGUACCUCGCCUACCAAUGUGAGAAGCAUGUGCUCGUCAUUCUCACAGAUAUGAGCUCCUACGCUGAAGCUCUACGUGAGGUCUCGGCAGCUCGAGAGGAGGUACCAGGUCGACGAGGCUUCCCUGGCUAUAUGUACACUGACUUGGCCACAAUCUAUGAACGAGCCGGUCGAGUGGAGGGCAGAAGUGGAUCCAUUACCCAGAUACCAAUCCUAACAAUGCCUAAUGAUGAUAUUACUCACCCCAUCCCUGACUUGACUGGCUUCAUUACCGAAGGACAGAUCUAUGUGGACAGACAACUACACAACAGACAGAUCUACCCUCCGAUCAACGUGCUCCCAUCUCUGUCCCGUCUCAUGAAAUCAGCCAUAGGGGAAGGCAUGACCAGAAAAGACCACGGAGAUGUAUCUAACCAGCUGUAUGCCUGUUACGCUAUUGGAAAGGAUGUCCAGGCUAUGAAAGCCGUGGUGGGUGAAGAAGCUCUGUCCUCGGAUGAUCUCUUGUAUUUGGAGUUCCUGCAGAAGUUUGAGAAGCAGUUUAUUGCUCAGGGAGCCUAUGAGAACCGAACCAUAUUUGAGUCAUUGGAUAUUGGAUGGCAGCUGCUACGCAUCUUCCCUAAGGAACUACUAAAACGUAUCCCAGAAUCAAUGCUGGCAGAGUUUUAUCCAAGAGAAUCCAGAGCACAAGCAGAAGCCACUACUUCUAAUCGCAAAUGAGUGGACCUGAAAUCCCCCAAUACACACAACUCGUAGACUGUGUGCGUACAUCCAGUCUGCAGGUUGUCCCAUUUUUCCUUUGUGUCUUCUUGGCCCAGAAAUAGCCCCAUUAUUUAUUUAGAAUGUUGAUAUCUAAACUAUUACACUGGAAUAAAAAGAUGA